UUUGAGAGCUUAGCUUUUAUUAAAGCACUUAAGAAAAGAAUAGCAAUAUUAACAUAUAAGGUCCAAUAUACUAUAGAGGGACGAUUAACUGAUGGGAAGCGAUCAAGGAUAUUUAAGAGAAUCCUUAAGAAAUAUAUUGAUUAUCUGAAUAACAGUAAGACUUGCCUUAUUGGAAUGUCACCAGCUCAUGCUAUGACUUUGGAAGAAGUAGAAUCAAAGCCUUCUAAAAAACCUAAGUGUGCAAUCGGAAAAAAUGAGGAGAUAAAAUUACAAAAAGGCACAGCAAUUAGAUAUCUGUUAAAAGCAGGCAAGUUAGAAGGAGACUAUAGACGUAGAGCAACCGAUCCAUAUUGGAGCUUGCGUAUUUUCAAGAUUAAAAAAGUCGUUAUUAGAAGAAAUCCACCACAACCAGUCUUAUAUUAUCUCGAGAAUAAGCCUAUCGAAUCUACUGCUCAUCUAAUAGGAUGA